UUUUGAAGAAGCAGGAGACCCCUGAGGGCCAAGGCCCCCCGAAGGGGACUGCAAUCGCUGGUGCCGGUACUGAUGCCGGAGGCUCCAAGGAGGGGGAGCUCAAGCGGAAAAACGCCGGGAAGGGCGUCAAGCCUCCGGAAAGGAAGAAAUCGAAGGGGGACGCUGAGCCAAAGGAUACCCCCCUGGUGAUCAUUGACGAUCCCCCCGCCGGCCAACCGUCAGCCUCUGCUCCCCUGGAGGAUCUUGUCGAGGGGGCCUGGCCCCUUGAGACUGUACACUUCCCAAUCAAAAAGGGAACAGCCAUCAUGCAUGGCACCCUCGACCCGAGGGAGUUCUUGAAGGGUGCCACUCCCUCGGUAGAUCGGUCCACCCUCAGCCGGUUUGGGGAUGAAGCCCUCGAACUCAAGGCUCUCCAAGCUUCGGCCACCGCGAGCCUGGCCUUCGGGGAACUGGUUCGUAGGGCGGAGCAGCAUCGCCUUGAGAGGGCUAAAUCCGCCGAGGUGACGAGGAAGCUGGUGGCCAACAAUACUGAGGCCAUUCGGCAGCUGGCGAGUUUGGAGGAGGCCCUCCGGCAGGCGGAGAAGAAACUGGAGGCAGCCAAGGAGGAAGCCCGGGCCGAGGGGAAAGCUGAAGCCGAGAGGGCCGCUGCUGAGUCCGCUAGGAUAGCCGCCGAGAAGGCUGAGGAGGCUAAAGCGGAAGCUAUCUCUAAGGCCAGGGAGGAGGCGGUGGCGGCUUUUAUUGCCGACGGCUGGAAGGCCGAAGAGCAGAAGCAGUGGGUGGCCUCAGUGGUGGAGGCUUCUGCCGAUGGCUGGGUGAAGGGGUCCGGGGCCAUGUGGUUGGCGCUGAAAGGCAAAAGUUUCUUCGAAGGCGGACAGUACUUCACUCAAGCCCUGAUUUAUCGCAAGUUGGCCCGGCACCAUGGGGUGGACCCGAAAGAGUUCGACCCGGCCCCGUUUGGUCUUCCCCCUCUGCUUCCUGACCUCCAAACCCCCAUGCCCGAAGGCGAGGAGAGGCCUUUGCUCGAGGACUCAGAGAUGGACAAGCUGGCCUCGGAUGAUGAGGAAGAAGCUGAGGAUGAUGCAGCCUCGAAACUGAAGGAUGACGUCACCGGGGGG